GCGGCGAAGGGAAAGGGGAAGGGCAGGGGAGACACUGUGGCCGCAGCAAUGGCGGACAAGCCAAGCCGCGCGCUGGUGCUCUACGCCGCCGGCCACGCCGCGCUGCUCCCUGCGGCGGCGGCGGCGGCAGGAGGCGGAGGCGGGAAGAGCCACCUCGACGCCUUCGCGUCCCUCGCCUCCUGCGGCUUCCUCUCCGUCCGCACCCCCGCCGUCAACGAUGAGGGAGAUAAGAACAGUGCCACGAUUGUCGAGCUGGCGCAGCUGCUCGACGUGUACGAUGCUCUCUACCCUGCCAAGGAUGCACAGACUGGUCUAGAAACUGCCCGGGUGGAUCCACAGGAGCUAGUAGUUCCCAAGCUAUCCGAGAGGUUUAUGGGGAUGAGAGCUGCCAUGGUCACCAAUUGCCCUGAUGUUAGUUCCUUCACGGCGAAUCUUGGUUUCCAUGUCUUCAGAACUGAAGACUUCGUUGCUCAUUCCGGUUUGGGUGGCAGCUCUAAGGACAUUGGUAUAAUCAAUCGGGCAUUUGGUCUGCUGGGAUUUUCAGAGGGGAGUGUCCAGGACGCGUCUGAAUUCGAUCUAGUGUUUGUGCAUGUUGCAAUGGAGAACACUGCCAGCAAGCUGGGGAAAUUAGGAAUGAAGACGGAUCUCAACCGGCUUGACAAAUUGGUGGCUGCAGUCAUGGAAGCUGCACCAGUCAAGUCAGCUAUCGCUGCCCGUGUUCAUGUGUCUGUGAUCUUGAGCUAUGGAUCGGCUACUGAAAAUAAGGAAGAGUCCUGCCUCAUAUUGAACUCUUCAACCGAAACAGACUCCGACUUGAAGUUACUUCACCCACGCCAGAGCUAUACUAUGAAAGCAGGACGUACAUUGGAUGAUGUCAGGAAUCAUCAUCCAAUGCUAUUGGCGCAGUGGCAGGAAGGGGUGACACGUUCUGAUUUGGCCAAAGGGUUCUCUUUUGAGGAAUUUAUAAAGCGCGGCGGAAACUUUGCUAUGCUUGCUGAGCGCUUUCUACAUGAGGUGGCAUUUAAGCUCUGGAAAGCACCCAAAUAUGGAGCCUAGUUCUGUCUGAUGAGGUGCUCUCUUGAUAAUAAUGUGUGGCAUUAACAUAAUAAAAGGGGUGGUAGAAGAGGUACUUGUUUUUGAAAUGCAAGCUGCGGAUGUUGCAAAUAGAUGAGAUUUGAAGUGAAGCCUGUUCUCCUAAGGUCCUCCUGUAGCAGUCAUAUUCAGCAAUAGUACUGAAAACUCCCAGACAUCAUUAUUAGUUACUCACUUUGUGGAGGUUUUUUACAAGCCUUUCAAUGCAGAGCUUUUGUGGAACGAUGCAAUCCUUCGCUGAAACUUUCCUAACAUAGCAGCUGUUUCUGCAUCUUGCUCGGUGUCGAACGCACUAAUACUAUGUGACGAUCAAAAAUGUAAUCUCCAAUGUUACUGCUGCAAAUGAUGACUGGCGGCGGCAUCAGUUUUAACAAUUAAAAAUUUCCAGAAUGGGUUUUCGUGCCGAA